AGUUGUCACUUGUCCCACCCCCCAAAAAAAAUACUUCGUCACCAACUGAACUUAUCCCCGCUCUAACUCCGGUCGUGUCAUGUCCACCGAGCAGCAAGAACAUGGAGAUGCGGCUUCGUCGAACUGUACUCUCCAACAGGGUUUUGCUGAUCGAGUGGGUUGACUUGUCGUCCCUCACACCACGACGGUUUUGGAUUCGGGGGGCAUGAAAGGUCUUUGGUCGAAUUGGGUAUAGAGUUCGUGCUUUUUCUUUCUUCACCUGAUGCUUGGGUCCUGAAUUUUGGCGAAUCGUUGUUGGUGGAGACUCUGUAAGUGAAGCUGUCAAGGCUAGGCUGAAUCAGGGCUUGAAUCUUUUCCGUGUAAUAUUUAUUAUCUGGGGAGAAACGUCAGGAAGUUAGUGCAGAAUCAGGAUCACUUGCGACCGUUAGAAAGAAAGCUAGGGCAGAAAGAUUUCCCAUCUCGGUUUGAUUCGAUAGAAAGUUCGUGUUUUCGAGUCCGAUUCGCCUGAUGGGUUCACCGGCGUUCUUUGUGAUCUGUAACCUACAUUCCAUGGUAGCCAUUGCGUGUGGAGGCUUAAUGAUGUUCUACUUGGCUGAGAUAUCCUCCAUUAAGUUCCAGGGAUCGACGCCUCACGAUCAGCUACUGAUCCGAACCUCGGAUUCCUUCUCGGGUCUGCUCCUAGUGGCGAUUGGGUUGUUACUGCUGAUGGUGUCUUUUGUCAGGAACAGAGAUUUCCAGAGCUUCUUCGCCAAAGGUUGCGUGGUUCUCCAUGUUUCAAUGGCCGUCUGGAGGUUUUGCUUUGAGCGGAAGGUCGAAGAUCUCAUUCACAAGUGGCCGAGGCAGGUCCUUGGUGACAUUGCUCUGGCUCUUUCCUGGGUCUUCUUUCUCGUGUACUCCUGGAGGGAGAAGUAUGAUUAGGAAGAGAUUGGGUCAUUCUGCUAAGAUGGUGUCGUGAGGACAUUCUUCCCCAUAAUCGCAAAACCAUACAAAUUAGCUCUACUGAUGAACAAAAAAUGUUGCUUCAUUAAUUGCAACUCUUGAUCGCUUCUUCCACAGCUCAACUGUGAGAUUAUUCUUCUCUACAUGACGAAAUGCAAUUUAGCUGGGUUUGAAUAUGAUAGGCUCGAUGGAUAGCGAAUUUUCCGGGUUUAUCCAGAAAAUGGAUGUCUAGCUUCUCCAGGAUGGUUCGGUUGACAUGGUUGACUGCAUUUUUAGAGAUAAUCAAUUCUAGGUAUGGGCUUCUCUUCAUAAGAUUGAAGUGCGGUCAAGCUAGCAGCGGCAGUACAGCUCUGGGUCGGCACUCUUUGAUUGAGGUUAGCUACCAGGCAGGAUGAAGAAUCAGACACCUGCUCUGUUGAGUUGGGAUAUUUUGCUCCCUCUAAUGUCAUAGCGAGUACUUUGAACAGAUGGUGCUUUCUUGAUUUGUUCGGAGAUGUAUAUAUGCUGUCCGGUUCCAUUGCUGCCUGUCUGCGAGUAUAGUUUCCUUGUGGAGAUCGUUCACUGAUUAUACAGAGAAAAUGGAGAUGUGUAUGUGUUCACUUCACCUGCAAUGGCCCUUUUGAUA